AUGCUGAAUCUCUUUAUUUCCGCAGGAUCUAGUACUACAGAACAGCAGUAGCCUCAGCUAUGGAGAGCACAGAUAAUGCAGAGGAGGAGAAGCCGACUGUGAGCAAUGACAGCACAGACAAUGGCGCUGAAACGGCGACAGAAGAACAGAACAUGGACUUCAGUACAGAAAUAAUGAGUGUAACUGAGAUGGAACAAUCACCUGAUAGUUCCCCUGACCUGAAUGAAGAAAACACACAGGAGAGUGAAAUUCCAAAUAUUGAGAGUUUACAGACAACAGAUAUUGAUGCUUGCUUCCCUCCAGAUUUUGACAAGUUCUGGAAAGUAGUAGAGGACAAUCCCCAGGAUUUCACAGGAUGGGUGUAUCUACUACAGUAUGUAGAGCAGGAGAACCACUUACCAGCUGCCAGGAAAGCAUUUGACAGGUUUUUCACGCAUUAUCCGUAUUGCUAUGGGUACUGGAAAAAGUAUGCAGACCUCGAAAAGCGACAUGACAACGUUAAACAGUCUGAUGAGGUUUAUCGCAGAGGGCUUCAGGCAAUUCCUCUUAGCGUUGAUCUUUGGAUACAUUAUAUAAACUUCUUAAAGGAGACCUUGGACCCUGCCGAUCCUGAAACUAACAGUACAAUUCGCGGAGCCUACGAACAUGCAGUCUUAGCUGCUGGGACAGAUUUCCGUUCUGACAGACUAUGGGAGAUGUAUAUAAACUGGGAAAACGAACAGGGAAACCUGAGGGAAGUUACGUCCAUAUAUGACCGCAUCCUUGGAAUUCCAACACAACUCUACAGUCAUCACUUUCAGAGGUUUAAAGAGCAUAUACAGAACAACUUGCCUCGGGACCUCCUGACUACUGAGCAGUUCAUUCAGCUGCGCAGAGAAUUAGCGUCCGUCAACGGCCACAGUGGGGAGGACGCGCAGCCUGGGGACGACCUGCCCUCUGGUACCGAAGAUAUAACUGACCCUGCCAAGCUAAUCACUGAGAUCGAAAACAUGAGGCACAGAAUCAUUGAGAUUCAUCAAGAGAUGUUUAACCACAAUGAACAUGAAGUCAGUAAGAGGUGGACGUUCGAAGAAGCGAUAAAGAGGCCUUACUUCCACGUAAAACCUCUGGAGAAAAUUCAGCUGAAAAACUGGAAAGAGUACUUAGAAUUUGAGAUAGAAAACGGCACUCACGAACGAGUCGUGGUCCUCUUUGAAAGAUGUGUUAUUUCUUGUGCCCUCUAUGAGGACUUCUGGAUUAAGUAUGCCAAAUACAUGGAGAAUCAUAGUAUUGAAGGAGUGAGGCAUGUCUACAGCAGGGCUUGCACAAUACAUCUUCCUAAGAAACCAAUGGUUCACAUGCUGUGGGCUGCCUUUGAGGAGCAGCAGGGCAACAUCGACGAGGCGAGAAGAAUCUUGAAAACGUUUGAAGAGUGUAUUCUAGGGCUAGCAAUGAUUCGCUUGCGACGAGUCAGCUUAGAACGCAGACACGGAAACAUGGAAGAAGCUGAACACCUGCUUGAAGACGCUGUUAGGAAUGCCAAGUCAAUUAGUGAAUCGUCGUUUUAUGCCAUCAAAUUAGCUCGGCACCUCUUCAAAGUACAGAAAAAUCUUCCAAAGGCAAGAAAAGUGCUGUCAGAAGCCAUAGAAAUUGACAAAGAAAACACGAAACUGUAUCUCAACUUACUUGAAAUGGAGUACAGCGGCGAUCUCAAGCAAAACGAAGAAAACAUCUUGAGCUGUUUUGAUAAAGCUGUCAACGGCGCCUUGGCUAUAAAAAUGAGGAUUACGUUUUCUCAGCGAAAAGUGGAAUUUCUGGAAGAUUUUGGUUCGGAUGUAAACAAGCUUUUGGAUGCCUAUGACGAACAUCAGGCACUUCUGAAGGAGCAGGAUUCUUUAAAAAGGAGAGCAGAGAACGGGGCGGAAGAGCCGGAUGAGAAAAAAAUGCUGACAGAUGACCCCACUUUGGCAUCGGCGCAGAUGAUGGAUGGAGACAUGCAGGUCAACCAGGCAGCGUAUAACUACAACGCCUGGUAUCAGUACAAUUACCAGAACGCCUGGAACUACGGACAGUAUUACCAUCCGACUUGAUCCGAAGAGCAAACUUCACUGUGCUGCAGUUUCAACAAAGACGGAAUUAAAAAAAAAAAAAAUAUAUUUUUCUAAAUUAGGGCUGUGAAAGAACUGUUGUAAUACCUGCUUUUUGGUCUUCUGCAUGUGAAACGAGCUGGUGUUCACAGGGUAUGUGUGAAGCAAGAUUCGUGCGCUGGUAACCGAUCAAUGGUAUCUCUGUACAACUCCAGUUUACCAUAAAUGCAUUUUUUUGUUUGUUUUUUAAUUCCCUGCACUAAUUUAUGGAGAUAUCUGAAGAAUUUUUUUUCAGUCUCACAAUGAUUCCAUAGACUUAAUCAGUAAAGCAAGCUGUAGUUUUGGGGGGGUUUGGGGGUUUUUUUGCCCAAAGCUGUUUUGCUGACCCGUGUUGGCCGGCGCAGGAGCAGGGCUGCCCUCGCCUGCUCUGCUCUCCACCCGAAACGCCGCGACCUGCUCCGUCACGAGAUCUGCUCUGUCACGAGAUGUUUCUGCGCCCCGGUGAGCAAACCCCAGACUGCUUCGGUUCCGUCGCUCCCAUUGAAGCUCUUCAGGUGACGCUGGCAGCCUUUGCGAGCUGCGGUCUGCGUUUUCUAUUCUGUGUGGGGGUCAAAAAUUAAAAUGCAGUGCGAAAUGACGUUGCAUUCUUUUUUAAAAAGCACAAACUGUGUUUGGGAUGAUUUUUGUAUUUAGAGUUUUUCAUGUACACAGUGUGAGCAAACUUUUUUCAUUUUGAUCAAAGUGAUCAUUCCCAUUUUUGUAAUAAAAGCAAGGAAUUCGGUACUCCUCUGCGCUUUCUUGGAUUGCCUCAUUCAAGCCAGGAGUCAGAACGCCAGAGUCGCAGUUCAGUGCCUGGUUUGUUCAAACAAACUUCGGGGAUGGCACCACCCCGGGGAGGGCUGUGGCGCCUACGGUUCUCGGCUAGAAGGGGGUGGGCAUCCUGCCUGGCACUUCUGUAAAGCACCUUUAAAGGAGAAAGUCAGGGGAUUUUUUUUUUUUUUCUAACUUAUGGAUUGCCUGGAACAUAAAUGUAAAUUUUUUUCCUCUUCCACACUCCUAUUUUAGGUUAAGCGAAAUUGUUGUAGAACGCAGCAGCUACACUGACGAUCAAGCUGGAAGGGGAGCGCGGUGCUGCAGCCCCCAGCUAGGCACAGAAGGAAACGCUUUUCAGUAGCGGAUCGAGGGGUAACAGAAACAGGCGCGGCCGUUCCCCAUGGGUCUGCGUCU